AUGCAUCAACGUAGGAAGUCGAGUGCUCAUGCUCGCCACCUCGUCCCUUGCGAUGACUUUGCCGGUAUAGCCCCCCGUCUCAACCGUCUGCCUCAGCGUCUCGACUACACGCUGAUCCCAGCACCACUGGACCUGUCGCUGCCGCUCGUCGAUGAGAAAGCAGACCUUCCUGCCAUCAUUGUGACGCCCUCGUCACCCGGGUUCGGCGAGAGCGAGUUCUUCAUCGCUUUCAUUGCCCCACCCCCGUCGCCCACGUUCUCGCAACGGUUGACCACAUUGGUCCCCUCGCUCCCCUCGCUGCAUUCGUAUCUGCCGUCCCAGAUACAGCUCCCCACCACGCCGUUCAAAACCUCGUUCGAGGAGCGGAGCACCUCCGCCCGGGGCUUUGUGCGCACUGCCAUCCUCCUCCUGGUCCUGCUCUUCAUCAUGGGCUCGCACCUCGUCAUGCACCGGCUCGCCACCAACCACCCUCAUCUCGACUUUGACGUGACGCCUGAUCACGACACCGGCCUUGCCGCGCUAUCGCGCCCUGGAGAGAUGGACGUGUUCGGCGUAAGGGUGGACGCGAAUGACGUGGAGCAGGUCCAGCAAGACACGCCCACCCCCUCUACGGCCGCCUGGUUCGAUUUCAACGCGCUCUGGGCCGCUGCGCCUGCCACGAACACACGCUCGCCCAAGGACUUCGUCGUCGUCGAAUCUCCUGCCGCUGGAGAAGAGCACAGUAAUGAUCACGAUAACGCGUAG